CAAUAACAUCAUUUUAAUUCCAUUUAAUUUUUCAUCUUUCACAUUUAGAUUAUAGUCUAACUAUUAAAUAGUAUAAACGUAUACCAUAUUUCUAUUAUUAAUGUCCGCACAGUGUAGCAAACCAUGUCGGAUAAUAAAAACGUCGAUAAUCCCUCUACAAGGGAAAAAUCCGAGGUGUCAGACCCUAAUUUAGCAGUAUCAUCAGGAGAAGUGUCUAGUGUGGCUGGGAGUGUAAAAACUGGCAAGGCUCAUUCGCGUGUAUCGUUGUCUUCCGAGAGGCAAAUCAAGUUCGAAAGAGCUCAGAAAUGCCUCGAGAAUGCAGCACUGGUGUCGAAGCGCAUCAAGGAACAUCGGAAAGCAACUGCCGAGUUGUUGGGAAAGCCAUUCGAGGAAGAUGAUGUGGGUGAUACUGCAUCGGAGAUCACAUCCACCAUGAGUGAGAGGACGGGGUACUCUGUUGCUACAGACACCUCAACCACCAUGUCUGUCCAGGAGGCUUUGAACAUCCCUGGCAUCAGUGAAAGUUUAGCAAACACAUUGAAACAAAAAGAGCUUCUGAUGGAACGCAUAAAACAAUAUAAAGAAAUCAGUAAGAGACCUAUUAAAGUGCCUACUAGAAAGGAAUCACAGGCAGUUACUGCAGUUGAAGUUACAAAGGUACAGAGCAAAGAACCAACUGAUGUAAUUCAACUACUAAAUAGUUUGAAAGACAAGGAGAAUGCUAUAAGUGUAAUGCAAGUGAGGAUUAAAGCAAUGGAAACCACAAUAAUAGAUUUACAAGAGAAAAUCAAUGAGAAAGACCAAAUAAUAGAAGCCAAGAAUAAAGCUACGACCUUGAUGUCUGAUAGUUUAACUAAAAAAGAAAAAGAUUCUUUACUUUUACUAGAAGACACUAGACAGCAAAUGAUUAAAAUGCAAGAGAAUUUUAUAAAUAUGGAAACAGAAUGGAAAGAAGAAAAAAAUAGGUUGCUAAAACAAAUUGAAGAAAAAGAUGAGAAAAUCAGUCAUUUAGAGGAAGCCAACACCAUUUUGGAAAAUUCGCGCUUUGAAAUUAGUGUUGCACAUUCAAAAUUAGUUGAAGAAUUAGAAUGUAAACAUAAAGAAAUUUUGCAAUUGACACAAAAAAUAGAAAAAAUAACAGAAGAAACAAAUCAAAUACGAGCAAAGGAAGUGGAAGUGGAAGAACUUACACAGAAGGAGAAAGAAGAUGUGGAAGAAGAGAAGGGAUCUAUCGAAAUAGCGAAUAUGGUGGAAUUAACCAAGAAAAUCGAGUUACUAGAACAGCUUAACUGUCAAAUUAGACAGACCAAUAAAGAAUUAGAAAAUACGAUAGUUUCUAUGGGUUCUGAGCAAAAGAACCCGCAAAGUGCUUCCCCAAGCAAAAAAGGAAGUCCAUUACCAACACGCAAGCCUGGUAGAAACACAUCAUCUAAGGCGAAGUCACCUUGGAGUAAAUUGUCUUCCGAAUCAUUACCUCAAGAAACUGAUAGGAAAGCAAAUAAAAAUGACGUAAUGAAAUUAGAAAUGGUAAUUCAGUCUCUGAAUAAAGAUAUUUUAAAUAAAGAAUACACAAUAUCUCAAAAAGACUUAUUGAUUACUGAACUGCAGUCAGCUAUUUCAGAACAUGAAGAUUUGAUAAGUAAAUUAAAAUUACAAGUUAAACCACACGCAGAUAUGACGGACGUGGGAACACAAACUCUAGAAUAUCAAGAAGGAACAAGACAUGUUGAUGAAAGGGACGAUAAAGAUUACUCUACAUUAGAUCCAAAACAACUCAUUGAUAAAUUAAGGGCUGCUGAAAACCAAAUAGCAGCUCUAAAUAGUGAAAUAGAAGCAGCAAAUAAGAAUAUGAUCAAAGUAAAAUCCAGCCACAAAUUGAAAUUAAAGCAAAUGCAAAAAACUAUUGAAAACUUUAGCAAAGUGUCGGAUUCUAAUGCUGAAAUAGUGAAACUAAAUGAAGAUUUGCAUCAGCUGUCCCAAAAAGUUGCUGAAUUAGAGGAAGAAAAAGGAAAUCUGCAGUUACACCUUGUUGAUUAUGACAGUGGUAGAUUAACUGAAUCAGAUGUCUAUAAGAAAUUAGUGAAGAUGGAGACUUUAGCUGAAACUAGAUUAAAGGCAAUUAGUGUAUUAGAAGCACAGAAAUUUGAUUUAGUUCAAGAGUUGCAUGAACUCCAACAAAAGAACGCGGAUAUGGAAGAUAAACUGGCAGACAUGUCGCACCUGCAAACUGAACAAGUCAGUUCUGAAAUAAAAUCGGUGCAGUUAGAAGAGCAAAUAGAUCAGCUUAGUGCUUCAACGAAGGAGUUAGAGCUAGUCAUAGAAAACCUCAAAUUAGACAAGGGUCAACUUGAAGGGACAAUCAAAUCACUACAGGAAGAAAAAGAUCAAUUAAUGCAUAAACUAGAAAAUUACAUUCAAGAAAACAUGGAAUUAACUGACAAACUCGAGAAAUUAAGUGCUGAUAAAGUAAGUUCUGCAGAAUCUAUUGAAAUUGUGGAAUCGCUUACCACUCAAGAAAAAUUAGAACUUGAAGAAUAUAGCAAGGGUUUGACUGAACACAAAAUGGAAGAAAGUCCUUCAGACUUACAUGUUUCGCCUGAAUGUCAGGAGAACAUAGAAAAGUUAGUAGAACAGAGUGCUGAACUGAACAGCAAAAUUGAGUUGUUUACUCAAGAAAGGCAGGAAGUUAUGGAAAAGAUGAGUAAAAUCAGCUUCGAGAAUGAAUCGCUACACGAAAAAAUUACAGAACUUGACAGACAAUGUAACUCUUUGCACAAUAACAUAGAGUUAUUAAGCCAUGAAAAACAAGAACUAUCUAAGUUGAACGAAGAACUCAAUCACCAAAUAGAAGAAUUAAAACGAGAACGAGUUGAAAUCAUAAAAGAAAGUGUUGAGCUAUCGAAACCAUCGAGUAUGGAUGAUGUUCCAGAGGGAGCUUCGUCAGAAACACAACAAGAUGAUAAGAUUGCGGGCGAGAAAGGAAAUAAUAGAACAAAGUCUGUUAAGCAAUUGACCAAAGAAAUACUUAAAUUGAAGAACAUCAUAAAAGAAAGGGAAGCAGAGAUUGGAGAUUGUCAAAUGAAGAUACUAGCCUUAGAAGAACAACAGCAAAAGCAAAAUGAACUAAUGCAAAUGAACUCUACGUAUGAAAGUAAAUUGAAGAGUUUAUCUGAAGAGAACCAUAAACUGAAACUAGAAUUAGAAAACACUAAAGUAAACAGCGAAUCCGAACACCAGUUAUUCCUUUUAAAACAAAGUCAUGAAUUGUUACAACAAGAAAUGCAAAGGUUACAUCAAGACUAUUCUACAACGAUUAACAGCAGGGAUGCUAGAAUAAACGAAUUAGAGAAUGUAUUGAUAGAAUAUGAGAAACAAAUUUAUAACUAUGGAAAUACUUUGCAACAAAAAGACAAAGAUUUGGCUGAGUAUAUUAAUCAAAUCACCAAGCUUAACGAUGUGUCGCAAAAGCUGAAAUCUACUAUUGAAUUACUCGAAGAAGAGAAAGCUAAGGAUCCAAACGGAGAACUUGUCAAAACUCUCAAUAAACAAAUAACUGCACAUCAAAAAAAAUUGACUGAAUAUGAAGAUAAAUUGAAAACGUUAGAAGAAGAAAAAUCGCAAUUGUUGAAUUUAAAGACAGCCUUGGAAAAUAAGAACCAUAACAUAGAAACAGAAUUGAAAAAAUUGCAAGAAUUGUUUGUAGAGAAACAAAGUUUAAUUAAAGAGUUGCAGUCACAACAACAGAAACAUGCAGAAGAAAUAUCUAAUGUAAUGUCUCAACUUAAGGAGCGUGACGAAGAAGUGCACGAAGUCAAACUGCAAUUGAGAAAGGAAUCAAUAGAAAAUGAAAAACUACGUACUAGCUUAUCCGAAAAGGAUAAUAAUUCACAAGAAUUUAAUCGAGAGUUUGAAGACGCUAAAGAGCAUGUAAGCAGACUAUCCAUAGAAAACGAACAACUGAAAGAACAAUAUACAGCAAUAGACGCGAAAAAUAAGGCUCUCAUGGAAAAAUUAAAGAAAUUUGCUGCCACUGUGAAAAAGAAGUCUUCCAUGUACAGUGAACUAGAAGGCGAAUUAAAUGAGAUACAUAAGCAGCUGGAAGUUAAGAAUGCACAGUUGGAACAAUUGACUAUACAAGUGGAGACACUGCCGGCUUUACAAGAAAAAUUGAAACAUGCUGAAGAAGAAGUAAAUCGUCUACAGUCGCAAAAGUUUGCUCUAGAGCAGCAGAAACGUCAGGAGUUCCAAAUGCUUGAAGAAAAAAUAACCAAUGCCAUUAAUGAACUGUCAACUUUAAAUAAAUCUUACAGUGAACUACAACAGGAACUAAAUCGUACUGAAGACGAAAAUACGCUCCUCAAAACACAAAUUGAAUCUUUAAAUAAUAAAUUAGCUGAUUAUGAAGUAGAACAGAAGACUAAUACGAACUUUUUUACAAAAAUAUCUAGUUUGGAAGGUGAACUAAAUCAGAAACAAUCUGAAAUAAACGAGCUGCUGAACAAACUUGAACAUUUAGAACAGCAGCUAACUCAAGUACGAUUUGGGUAUGAUGCGAAAGUUCAAGAAAGAGACUUGUACAUUGAAAGCUUAGAAACCGAAAUUAGUAAAUUCAAGAAUCGCAUCUGUCGUCUUGAGGAUGGCAUAUCCGUUAUGGAAGAUCGUAGAAAAACUUUGGAACGUAAAGCCGAUCAGUUAGAUAGUCAACUACAAGAAAAACAGAAAGCUUACACAGAAUACACCAGUCAGGAAGACCAUUUAGUGAGUAGAUUGGCAGUUCUUAUGGAUCAUGACAGGGUUGUCGAAAAGCAGCUUCAUGAAAUAGAAAAUGAAAAUAAAGAGUUACAAUAUAAAACUCAACAUUUGAUCGAGGAAAAUCAACGAUUGCGUAGGUCUAUUUCUGAUAUACAAGAACACUGUCACACUUUGGAAGAAAAAGCAAGUAGGACAGAUUUGGCUGAAACUGAAAUGGUUAAGUGUAAAUCUCAGCUACAUGAACUCGAAGCCUUUAUCAAACGGAUUACGCAAGAACAUCAGACUAUAUUUGCACAAAAGAAACACGACAUUGAGGAAAUAGAGUCUGAAUUUAACACACAGAUUGAAAAUGCCAUCAAAGAAAAGAAGGCUUUAAGUGAAAAAUAUGAGAAAAUGAGUGAACAUGUUACUCAACUGGAACAAAAACUUCACGAGUAUCGAAACAAUAAUGAGACCCUAAAGAUAAAUAUUGAAGAAAUGACAAGAAUAAAUCAUGAAUUAAUUGAUAAAACGCAAAGAGAACAAUCACAAGUUCCCGAUUACACAGAACAGUAUAUAAGCGAAAUAAACAAAUUAAAUUCAAUUGUUAACGGUAAAAAUCAAGAAAUUUACGAACUCAAUAAUAAGAUUCAAAGUUUACAGACACAAACUUUGGCAUUAAACUCGAAUUUGGAGAGUAAAAUCAAUGAACUCAAUGCACAAUUGAUGCAUUCAGCAUCGGUAAUCCAACGUUUGUCUGAAGAAUCCAAUUCCAUGAAAAUGAAUAUCGAGAAAUUGCAAAACCUUGUAGACCAAAAAGAUGAUCAAAUUAAGCAAUUGACAGAAAAGAAGACAGUGUCUUUUGAAAUGAAUAUACCAAGGACUGAAGGAUUAAUGAUUUCAUCCACCAUUGAACCAUUGAGUGAUGCAUCUAAAGAAUUCGAUACUUCCUUGAUUGAUUCACAAAUAGUAUCUGGUGUUGAUGUAUUUGACGCCAGCAAAGAGCACGCUAGUGCCAAGACAUCGGAAAAGAACCAGAAACAGUCUGCUGGAAAAGAACCCACUAAAGAGAUAUCAGAACCCAUGGUUGUAGCCAAGAAGGCUUAUCUGUGUUAUAAAGGAGAGGAAGCUGAGCCAGUACAAAGUGACGAUCCAUUUAAUUCAGAAGAGGGUUGGGGCUUUGGUGAAGGGGAAGAACUAGGAGAAGUGACACCAGGGAUGUCACAUAUGACAAAUCAGUUACACCAACUCCAAAAAGACAACGAAGCUUUGAAAGCUGACCUCGAUGCAAGCAAUACGAAGUUGUUAAAAGCUUUGAAAAAAUUGAAGGAAUUGAAAACUAGUAAUGAAAUGUUGUCAAAUGAGUUGAAGAUAUCGAAACAGAUUUCUGGAUCAUCAUUUUUAGAGACCGCAAUUGAGGAUGAGCUAAAAAUUAACGUCCAGCAUCUAGAAAACAAAGUGAAAGAACUUACUGCAGAUUUGAAUAAAGAAAAACGUGAAAAAGAAGCAUUAAGAAAACAAAAUGAAGUGUUAGGUAUUGCUAACGAAAGAUUUAUUGAAAUAAAAGAGAAAUUAGAUAAUGAUAUUGAAUUAUGGAAAUUCAAAUUUAAAGAAGCGAAUGACAAAAUGUCUACCUUACAGUGGGGCUCUGAUACAAAGGUUUCACCUGGUCCUAAAACACAUACACCUGUUAAUGAUAACGCUCUUAAAGAAGAAAUCGGAAAACUUGAAAAAGAAAACGAUGAGUUGCAGUCGAUAAUCGAUAAUUUGACGUUGCAAAAUAAGCACCUUACCAGUCAACAAGAACAACUCGAAGCAAAGAUAAUCGAUCUUGACAAACAAUUACAACUGAGUAAAUCGGCAAGUGACUUCGACGAUAUUAAGAGUAAAGUAGAGGAGUUGCAAAAGUAUAACACUGAGCUUCUUACUAACCGAGACAGUUUGAAUGAGAAGUUACGUGAAAUUGAAAUAAGUUACAAUGAAAUAACGCAAAAAUACGAACAAUCGACAAUUGAAAUCGGAGAACUUCGUGGUGCACUAGAAAGUAAAAAUAAUCAUUUGUUGGACAUUGAAAAUAAAUUUAAAGAUGAUGUUUUAAAAUUAAAACAGUCAGGGUCUGAAGCUUUGAACGAAGUGUCAUUACUUGCAUCUGAACUAAAAUCAACUCAGUCGAAGCUACUUUGGCUACAAGAACAGAACAGCACUCGACAUUCACAAGAAGAUCCAAUAGCAGUAUCUGAGAAAGAUAGUGCCUUAGAAGAUAAUUGCUCGCAACUGAAACGUAAUCUCGAUGAAGCAAACUGUAAAAUUUUGGCGCUUGAGACUGAGAAUCGUGAAUUACUGCAGAAAAUCAAAGAAUAUGAACAACGAGCGACCGAACUUGAUGCUAAAAUACAAAAUCUGAAUACCGAAAAUGAUCAACUUUUAUCUACCGUCGCUGAAUUACGAGCUGCAGUGUCUAGUGCAGUAGAUCAGCGAGGUUUUGAAAUCGCUGAGUUAUGGAAGCAACAUUUAGCGCAAAGAGAGUCAGAUUUUCAAAAUAUAGAACAAGAGUUAAGAGCACAGCUAAGUGCUUUCGAAGCCAAGUAUGAACAGUUGCUUGAUAAUGUCCAAUCAUCGAAUCAAGAAGAAACCAACAAAUUAGUUAUGAUGGAGCAGUUGUCGACUAUCCAAAAUAAAUUACAGGAUAAACAGGAACACCUGCAUAAUCUCCAAGACAAAUACGCCGAUGUGAUAGGUCAACUUGAUAUGUUGCGUUCAGAAAUAGAAGAUGAAAAGCUUAUGUUCGAAAAUAAGUUAUUAGGACAACAAGAAGAGUAUGAAAAGCAAAUAAAAGAAUUAACCGACACUUCAAAGCAACAUUCGGAAAAUUAUGAAGAAGCCUAUAUGAAGCUUCAAAUUGAGUUGGCUGCUGCAAAGGCUUCUAACGAUGACCUUACUCAACAGAUAGAGCAAAUCCAUAAAAAGGUUUCGGAAAGUGAAGAAAGAAUAUUAGAUUUAACCAAUCAACUUCGAAUGAAAGAUAGUGAAAUUCAUCAGAAAACCCAUGACUACACAAUUGCCCUGAACCAACGAAACGAAGAGUUUGAAAAUGUUAGAAUGAAGUUACUUGAGUAUGAAAAGAAAAUUGAAGAUUUGAGCUACGAAAAGGAGUCAGAGUUGGCUGUAAUGAGGUUGAAAAUGCACGAAAACAGGCAACACUACGAAAAAUUGCAAAGUAAUUUAGAAGUGGAAAAGUUAAGUCUUACUGAAGCACUUAAUGCAAAAAUAGUGGAAUGCACCGGUAUUAACAAGCAGAUAACAGAUUUAAAUAAAAUACUAGAGGAGCAAGCAAACAGCAAUAAAGAUAUGCAAUCAGCACUAGAGAACCAAGAGAUAGAACUAGUCACGCUUAAAGACGAAUUAACGAAUUUGUUGAAAUCUAGCAGCAAGAUUGAAAAGCAUGUGACAUUCGCUUCCGGUACUAAACCCGGCGCAGGUGAAGAUAAGGCUGAAGGUGUGCUAAACAAAGACCUUAUUGACGCCGUUCCUAGAGCAGAAUUGGAUUUGGCGUUGUACAUGUUGCAUCAGAGAGAUGUGCGGUGUGAAGAGCUUACUAUGGAGCUUACGCAGUUACUUGAAGAGAGAGAUACUUUACAGUUGCGGUUGUCAGAUAGUUUGCGAUCUUUGGAAGAGUUGAAGACAAGGUGUGAGUCCAGCGGUAUUGAGGUAUCUAUGAGUCCUACGCAAGAGAGUUUGCCAGAACUGCCGACCUUCUCAGCGGAGAAAGAGUUUGUGGACACUCACCGCGGACAGUCGUCGCGCAGCAGCAGCAUUAGCGAUGUUGACGGAGAGAAACCCAAGUUACAAGCCAAGCUGUCGGAGUUGCGCAGCGUGCGGCACAGUCGCGACGUUCGGCUGCGGCAGGACAGUGAGCAGCGGCAGCUGGACCUGCGACUUUUGCAGCGAGACGUCGCCAACCUGCCGCCAGAGGCUGUUGAUCAACUGGCGCAGGCGCACCAUACUUUUUCACGAGAUUCGCAGAGCACAUCCACAGUUCUUCUAAACUGGCUACGAGGCAAGACCACGCCCAAAGUAGUCCACAUGUGAGUUCAACAGCUCUACUAGGUAUUAUUAAUAAUUGAAUAAAACAAUUUAAAGAAAGGGUCCCAUGUGUAUACUCUAACAAGUAUUAAAGCAGGAUUUACUGUAUUUCAUGUUCGAAUAAACGGGACGCGUUUAUGCAAAAGUGAUAAAUUAGGUCUUGAAAAUAACUGUUCCGUGUUGUAGGUCGCGUUUGUUUCGCGCCGGUGUACCUUCUAUUGAGGAUCAUUCAUUGUAAUGAACCUAUUCCCUACGCAGGUUGGAUAGGGCGACGGCGAGACACUGGAAGCGAGAGUCUCGCAAACCAUUACUAUACGUAUCAGAUAUGACACAUUAACAAUAGCAGGGACUGAUUGAGCACCAAGACGCUUUUGCAAAAAAUAACCAUGCAUUUUUCAGUCUCUGAACAAAUGCAUUUCCUUAGAUAGUUCUACCCCUUUAUUUCUGCUAACAUGAAAAACAGUAAGUCAUACGCAAAAAAAAAAUUAUGAAGUUUGGUACUAAAUUCUUUACCAUUAACUGUUCUGCAUUUAAAACAUUUUGCCACCACUGGCUACCACAAUUUUUAAAUGUUUCGAGAAAAACGUUUUGCUCCAAAUUAUGCACCCUAUUGACUUGCCAAUAACAGAACUGUAACAUCCACAGUUUUGUGUUGUUUUGUUUUCCUAUCAUGGGCAGCAGUUAUUAAAGCCCAAUACAAACGACCAGCAUCCAAAAGCAAUAGUAGACAUCAAAACAUUCAUCACAAGCGCGUUGUGUUACUGUAACCGGAUUAUAAUAAAUUGUAAUAAGUAAAUCAAAUUUAUAAAAAUAUUCCAGUUAGCGGUAAGUAACGUUGUCCUCGGAAUUGGCAAGUACGAACGAACGAACUUAUGAUUAAUGCAAUCAAAUCACAUUCCUUGUAUUUCGAAAUUGUCAACUUACCUUUUCAUCUCCACGAGAACGUGACAGUCAUGGUUCUGUGGCGUCAUCCAUUUAGUUUGUAAAUACCUAUAUAAUUAUUUGCGUUAAAAUUACUGUUAUAAUAAUAUUUAUUGAAAAUAUAUAUAAUUUGUAUUAAAAAGGUUCCUUGCGGCGACGUAAGUAUCCGAAGCUGUUAAUAUUGAAUAAAGAAAUUUAUAAACGUGCCUUUUUUGCAAAACGUAUACCUACUUAUGGCAGUAUAUUAUUUCAAUUGUAAGUAUAAUAUAUAAUGCGAACAUGUGUAAAAUAAUAUGUAUUAUACGACCGAUAUGAAAUCGCUAUUUGUUUUCAAUAAACGGUAUUCCA